AUGGAGGGUAAGAAGACUAGAGGGCGACAAAGUAUUCCGAUGAAAAAAAUAGAAAAUGAGGACGACCGCUAUGUGACAUUUUCAAAGCGUCGUUCGGGUCUGUAUAAAAAGACCAGCGAACUUGUUAAGCUAUGCAAUAUUGAUAUUGGAAUUGUACUCUUUUCUCCUACCGGUAAGCCUUUUUCAUUUUUUCAUCCUACAUCCGAAGCGAUUAUUGAUCGUUUUCUAAAUCCUAAUAUGCAAUUAAGUGAAAGCACUCACCUAGUUGCGGCUCAUGUACGACACAAAGUGAAUCAACUCAACAAUAGGAGAGAAUUGUUUGACAACAUAAAAGAAGCUACAAGUGCUCAGUCUCUUCCACUUGACAACAUGAAAGAAAACGGCCAAAGAUACCGGUGGGAGUCAAUUGAGCAGUUUAAUGCAGAUGAAGUAAAAAAGGAUUAUGGCAGAAUUCCUCCAGGAUUCUACAAAGCCUGUGAAAUCCGAGUUUCAGCAAUUAACUCGAAUUUCCCACAAGAACAAAAUAGUUGUGAGUUGUAG